AUGGCCACAUCUCUUUUCUCCAGCCUCAAAGGCUACACGUACAAGACCAUCCCGUACAAGUCUGGGCCCGAUGGCGACAUCGUUCUUGAUGUCGUGUACCCAGAGGAAGCCGAUGGUUCGCCGACGACUGUUCUCAUACACAUCCAUGGCGGAUUCCUAAUCGUCGGGGACAGGUAUAGCUUUGCCCCGUACUGGGGUCUCAAUGCCGCCACUGCUCGGAAAUGGAUCUUCGUGAGCCCUGACUAUCGUCUUGUCCCAGAGUCUACCGCCCACGCAUCACUGGACGAUUCCAUCGAUGCAUACAACUGGGUGCGCUCAUCGCUGGCUGACGUAAUUGGACGUCCUAUUGGACCUGUCUUGCUGGCUGGUUCUAGCGCCGGUGGUUAUCUUGCACUGGCGACUGCGAAUGUGGUUGAACAAAAGCCAGAUGCGUUGUUGCUCAUCUAUGGAAUGCUCGAUGCAGCUGGUCCAAGAUAUACCACCCCUGGGACGAAUAUCUGGGGCGCACCGCCUUUUGACACCACGUCGGUGUUGAGCAAAUUUCCCAGGACGAAAGAGAACGAUGAUCGGAAAGCCAUAUCUGGAUAUCCCCCGCCUGAGAACUUCCAGCAAGACCCACGGUUCCAAGUUGCUUCAGCUCUCCACAUCGACGCCCUCUUCCCAGACUACAUGACUGGUGUUGACGGUUUGAGUCGUGAGAUCGCAAACAAGGGCAUCGAUGCCAUCCCCGAAGAACACCGACGGUUGUUCCCUCUCUCUUUUGGCGAUCUUUCCAAGAUUCCCCGCACGUUCUUGCUCCAUGGCGUCAACGACACUGCUGUUACCAUUGACUGUAGUAUCGUAGCUGAGAAGAAGCUUCGUGAGGCAGGUGUUGAGGUUAUGAAGGACUUCCCGGAGAAUGCAGAACAUGGGUUCGAUGUUAGAACUGGAAAUGUGGAUGUUGAAAAGGCGGAUGCGGAUGGAAUUCCUAAUGUUGAGAGUUUGAGAAACGCCAUUCGCUUUCUUGACUCCUUUGCUAAGAACUAG